UAACGCCGCCGUCGACCCCCGCACGCUGCCGUCCUCCGCGCCGGCCCUCCUCCCUGCAUUGGCCGCCCUCGCCCGCGCCGGCCCUCCUCCCCGCCGGCUGCCCAGCUCCCCCACGUCGGCCUCCUCCUCCGCCCACCGCCCCGGCCCCCGCACCGGCUCUCCUCCAGCGCUGGCCCUCCUCCACCGAGAGGUUAUUCGAAUAAUUAACGCCGCCGUCGACCCCCGCACGCUGCCGUCCUCCGCGCCGGCCCUCCUCCCUGCAUUGGCCGCCCUCGCCCGCGCCGGCCCUCCUCCCCGCCGGCUGCCCAGCUCCCCCACGUCGGCCUCCUCCUCCGCCCACCGCCCCGGCCCCCGCACCGGCUCUCCUCCAGCGCUGGCCCUCCUCCACCGAGAGGUUAUUCGAAUAAUGUAG